UGUCCCUCCGGAGUCUGCGCGGCGGCGGCGGCGGCGGCGGCGGCGGGUUCACUUCCAGGUUCCGCCGAAGCUGCAGAAGCCCCGGAGGCUGAGGAGGCCGGGCCGGGGCCGGGGCCGGGGCCGCCUCCCCGCGGAGCCGCCGCCGCCCGGAGCCCCCCGCGGGACCGCGGCCAGCGCGGGACUUCGGGGCGAGGAGGAGGAGAGGCGAGGCCGGCGCAGCCAUGACCCGGCGCCCGUCCGGGCCUCAGUUCCCUCGUCUGCGAAACGCUGGGGUUGGACUCGUCGGCUUUAAGGUUCCGACCCCCCGGGGCCGCGGAAGAGGCGAGGGCACCACCUGCCACCCGGGGGAAGUCCGGCAGGGCCUUCGGGGAGCGAAGGAGGAAGCAUCUCCUUUUUCCUUAUUGGAUAUUUGCUUGAAUUUCCUGACCACUCACUUGGAGAAGUUCUGCUCAGAAAGACAAGAUGGAACUCUGUGUCUGCAGGAACCGGGCAUGUUCCCCCAAGAAGUGGCCGAUCGGCUUCUGCAGACGAUGGCCUUUCACGGCCUGCUAAAUGACGGAACUGUGGGAAUUUUCCGAGGCAACCAAAUGCGCCUGAAGCGAGCAUGCAUCCGCAAAGCCAAGAUCUCCGCUGUGGCUUUCCGGAAAGCCUUUUGCCACCAUAAGCUGGUCGAACUUGAUGCCACGGGUGUGAAUGCGGACAUCACCAUCACGGACAUCAUCAGCGGGCUGGGCAGUAACAAAUGGAUUCAGCAGAAUUUGCAGUGCCUGGUGCUGAACUCACUCACCCUUUCCCUGGAAGAUCCUUACGAACGGUGCUUCAGCCAGCUGUCCGGCCUUCGGGCUCUAAGCAUUACCAACGUCCUCUUCUACAACGAGGACCUGGCUGACGUGGCCUCCCUGCCGAGGCUGGAGAGCCUGGACAUCUCCAACACGUCUGUGACGGACAUCACGGCGCUGCUCACCUGCAAAGACAGGCUCAAGUCCCUGACCAUGCACCACCUGAAGUGCUUGAAGAUGACCACCACCCAGAUCCUGGACGUGAUCAGAGAGCUCAAGCAUCUGAACCACCUGGACAUUUCGGACGAUAAGCAGUUCACCUCUGACAUAGCUCUGCGCCUCCUGGAGCAGAAGGAUAUUCUGCCCAACCUCGUGUCUCUGGACAUUUCCGGGAGGAAGCACGUGACCGACAAAGCCGUGGAAGCCUUCAUCCAGCAGCGGCCGACCAUGCAGUUCGUAGGCUUGUUGGCCACCGACGCCGGCUACUCGGAAUUCCUCACCGGUGAAGGCCAUUUGAAGGUAUCUGGAGAAGCCAACGAGACUCAGAUUUCAGAAGCAUUGAAGCGAUACAGUGAGAGGGCCUUCUUUGUCCGGGAAGCCCUCUUUCACCUCUUCAGCCUGACCCAUGUCAUGGAAAAAACAAAGCCCGAGAUAUUGAAGCUGGUGGUCAUCGGAAUGAGGAACCACCCCAUGAACUUGCCGGUCCAGCUGGCAGCGAGUGCGUGUGUGUUUAAUUUGACCAAGCAGGAUUUAGCCGUGGGGAUGCCCGUGCGACUCCUGGCCGACGUGACUCACCUGCUGCUCAAAGCCAUGGAGCACUUUCCUAAUCACCAGCAGCUACAGAAAAAUUGCCUUCUCUCACUAUGCAGUGACCGGAUCCUUCAGGAUGUUCCAUUUAACAGGUUCGAAGCUGCCAAGCUUGUCAUGCAAUGGCUCUGUAAUCAUGAAGACCAGAACAUGCAGAGGAUGGCCGUAGCGAUCAUCUCCAUCCUCGCUGCAAAGCUUUCAACGGAACAGACUGCCCAGCUAGGAGCCGAGCUCUUCAUUGUCAGGCAACUUCUCCAGAUAGUGAAGCAGAAAACCAGCCAGAACUCUGUGGACACGACCCUCAAGUUCACCCUGAGCGCCCUUUGGAACCUCACGGAUGAAUCCCCAACCACCUGCAAGCACUUCAUAGAGAACCAAGGGCUUGAGCUCUUCAUGCGGGUGCUGGAGUCCUUCCCGACAGAGUCCUCCAUUCAGCAGAAGGUCCUUGGCCUUUUGAACAACAUAGCAGAAGUCAAAGAGUUGCACUCUGAGCUGAUGUGGAAGGACUUCAUAGAUCACAUCAGCAAACUCCUGCACAGCGUGGAGGUGGAAGUCAGCUACUUUGCAGCGGGAAUCAUCGCUCACCUGAUAUCCCGAGGGGAACAGGCCUGGACGCUGAGCCGCACGCAGAGGAACGCCCUCCUUGAUGACCUGCAUUCAGCCAUUUUGAAAUGGCCAACACCGGACUGCGAGAUGGUGGCGUACAGGUCUUUCAAUCCAUUUUUCCCAUUGCUUGGCUGCUUUACGACCCCUGGCGUGCAGCUGUGGGCGGUGUGGGCCAUGCAACACGUCUGCAGCAAGAACCCUGCCCGCUACUGCAGCAUGCUCAUCGAGGAAGGCGGACUGCAGCAUCUGUACAACAUCAAGGAGCAGGACCAGACUGACCCCCAUGUCCAGCAGAUCGCCAUCGCCAUCCUGGACAGCUUGGAAAAACAUAUUGUCCGUCACGGGCGGCCCCCCCCGGGGAAGAAGCAGUCCCAGGCCAAGCUCCAUUAGGAGCCCCGGCUCGUGGGGCCCCGGCCGGCCCUGGCUCUGUGGCGGGCUCAUCCUCUGGGCUUUGGUCAGCAGGCCCACUGACAUGAGGAGCCUUGGGACCUUCACGCUGUAGGGUUAUUUAUUAGUGGACAUGGAGAGUGGUGCCCAUUCAAGCACGUCUCUGAUCCCCGUUGUGAUUUUUGCAGAAACGAGAGGCACGAGGGGGGGGGGGGGGGGGGGGGCGGGGGGGGGGGGGCGCGCCUCAUGGCCUCCUGGACGCCUUUCAGAGACCUUCCCAUAUAAUUCCUUUGCUGUGUGACUAUACCUGUGCUUGUGAGAUUGUGCAUCAUCGUGAGGAACUCCGGGCCGCGAGCCCGCUGCGGGGACCGGUCCACGUUCAGGGGAGUGUCCAGGGCUUGGCACCGCACACAUUUGCUUAUUCUGCCUGGCCCAGCCUCAGCCUGCGGCGCCUUUCGGGGGAGUGGCAGCAGGGCCGCGCGUCCCGUGUCCGUGCCCGCCAGAGAAGGGGCAGGUGGCCCGGCUGGGGGGGAGAGGCAGAAGGGGGCGGGCGCACGGCCCCAAGCAUGUGCACUCUCCCUCGGCUGCUCGGCCGUUUUCUUGUAAAAGUUCUUGGUGCCCCCCGCCCCCCUUCCUUCCUCAGAUCCUUCUGACUUUUUUCUUGUGAAAUGUCCCAAGAUCCCCCUCGCUUGUUGGUCGCCGCUGUGGAGGUGUGGCUCUGACUGUGGGCUCCCGGGGGUCACCCCUCAGUUUUCCUCCGUUUCACAUCUGUCUCUGUCCAGGGAGUCCGAGGCUGUACCCCACGCUCUGCCGCCUGCCGAGAGAAGCUCUGGCAGCGAUGGGUACUGCGGCACGAAGCCCUGGGUCCUCCCUGUUCUCGUGCUGGCGUCCUGUCCCGGUCUCACUGCCAGAGGGGGGAAUGACAGCCGGGAAGGGAGCUGGGCUCUGGGGGCAUUGUGUGGUCCGGAGGGCCCCAUGGGGCAGAGUCCCGUUCAGGGAGAAAGUUGGUGUCCACCUUUGCUCUGCAACACGACCGCCAUUUCCCUGCAGCGGCCCAUGUUGGAAACAGAGGCUGGAUGGACCCGUCAGGGGAGGGACCUUUGUAAGACUGCACAGGUCCUAAAGAAAUGUCUUCUUUUUAAUGUGACUAUCUCACUAGCAUGCAGUUAACAUCUUUGUUUGGUCUCAUUUCACAUGAGUGAGAAUAAUUCGACUUUAAUUUUGGAAUCUGCUUGGUCACAAUGAAAGUGGAGUUUGGUUAAAAGGAAGAAAAUCAGUCAAUUCCCGGGGAAUGGAUUUCUUGGGGUCCUGGAGGACAAGGAAGUCUUGUGGACUUGGCCCUUUGUCACAAGUGAAAUCCGCUUCCAGGGGACUUAGUAGAUUCUCAUUUUUUUAGCGGGGGAGAAAACCUGAUGUCACAUUCAUAUAAAACUGAAUUUAAUUUCACUUUUCCCUUCUGGGUGUGGGGUUCUUUUAACUUGCUUUUAAAUCAUCACUAACUGUGUGACACAGUGGCAGGAAAAAUCUUCCAUUUGGCUGAUCAGAGCCCAACCGGAGAUCGGGGACAGUUGUUCCCAGCCCUAAAGGUGCCAUCCUGCGGCCUGAACAUCUCGGGGGGUGAGGGAGGAGGGAGGCAGAGGGCUGGGAGGGAUUGGCUUCCCCCUUCUGUUCUACCCCAUACAGGAUGACAGCUUGUGUGCUGCUCCCCCAGAAAGGCUUAGGGAAGGAGCCGCUUCCCAAAUCAGUAAAAAUGGCUCGAAGAUGGAAAGGGUUUUUCGCUGUUUUGGUACGGGCCCGAUGAGCCCUCCAGUUGGAACCAGGCAGCUGUUCUUUUAACUUGAAUUUUUAAAGUUUAAUUUAACUUUGAUCCCGCCCUCUGGCCCCCAUCAGCCACGGGCAGAAGCAGUGGAGGAGAAGCUCCCCAGCCAGCAGUUGUGUUUAAAAAUGCUAGUGCCUUUCUUUCCGAGGUGUGAUGGCGCAGGGAGGCGCAAGACCCAGCUGUGCUGUGAUGGAUAUAAACGGGGAUGGGAGUGACUGGGCUGGCCCGUGGGGCGGGCCCAGACCUUGAACCUUUGGGUAGUAGAGCACCAGCAGGUGACAGUUACCCCUCCUAUGGUCAGGGGUACUUCAUCAUGUAUAAAUCAAGUGGGUGAGGGCGGAUCCACUCCCCAGCCUGAGAGCGUUUUGGGAGGAGGGCCCCCUUCCUGAGGUCAGUGCGCACCGGGACAGAUUCGAGGGCCUUACCCGGUCAGGCCUGAACGUUGUCCAGGACCAUUUGUGUCCUCUCUCUUUCCCCACGGAGCUUUGACCGACUGACACUACAUGACGGCCCCCUGGGUUUGUGCAAUGAGCAAGAACUGGAAGGUGUGGAAGAGGCUGCUUUGGCUUCUCCGGCCAAGCAGUCGGUGGUUCCUGCCUGUGGGAAUCGGCUUGUUAUUUGUGGGUGUUUGGGGUUUUUUCAUUUAAGAAUGUAGGACUCUGGGAAAUAGAGGCUGUUGUGGCUCAGAGUGGUCCUAGCGUGCCAGUUACCAGCUCGCUCGUCGGCCCCAGGGGUGUGGGUGCCCAGAUAAUGGUGGGCUGUGAGGAGAUUGUUGGCAGGGAUCCCUAGAGAGUGGACGUGAGGAGAAUUGCUGCUGUUAAGGGACGGUCUGGGGCCCAUAUCUUUGCGACCAAGGCAAACCCAUUGGAAGAUGGUUUUUAGCCCGUCCUGAUUUCUUCUCUUGAGGUGUUUCAAGAGUACAACCCCUUCUACCGAACCCUCUGAUCACAUGCUGAGGAAAGAGGGACAAGGAGGCGGCGUCCAAGGCUGCAGACUGGGGGUGGUUGACUUGCCGUGACCAUGGCAUUGCGGUCUAGUCUCCUCUCCUUCCUGCUCCUGACCGUCCCCCCUCAGACACACAGUGGGGCUUCAGGUGGCCCCACUUCCCAUGGAUGUGGCUGUGGGGAAAACCUACUUCCAUGCCCGGUGCCCCCUUUGGAUGUGGCUCCUCGCUUCUCUCUCCCUUCCCCUCCCCCCCCAGUUUGAACAGAGCCCACCAGAGAAGCUGGAGAGCCUCUGCCUCCACUCAGUUACACCUUUGAUGGAUGUUCUGUGGCUUUCGGCUCGAGGCUAACGGCACCGGUCGGCCUCGGGCCCGCAGUGGCUCUGGCUGGAGCCUGCACCUUCUUUUGGGCCACUGGCGAAGUGGGCUCGGCUCCGGGGCCGGGCUCCCGCUCCCUGCUCAGGCUUGCGAAUGUCUGCGUCCCCGCCCACAGUCUCUUGGGACCUUGGGCUGUGGUGUCGGAGCAGAGCGUGUGCGUGCUGAAUGUUUGGGUUUCUGGGCUGUCUCCUGGGGGGGUGGAGUGGGCCCUGCCUUCUGGAUGUCGUGUGUGCUGUGGCUGAGCCAGAGGGAGAGAGUUCAUAGAGUGGCCUUCAUGCUGAUGGCGGCAUUUUGUUGUCAGAAAAGCACAGGUGCUUCCCGUGUCCUUCAGGGGUUAAGGUUCCAGACAAGCCACUUGUGCCCUGACUCCCACCCAGCCUGUGGGAAGGAGCUGAGAGGCAAGAGGCCCGUCUCCUGGCCGGGACGUUUGGAGCAAGUACAAGGGGCCUUGCCUGAGGGUCUCGGCCCCCCAGCUGGAGGUGAUGGGGGACUGGGAGGGAAAUCCUGGGACCUUGGUGGUGAUGGCAGAAUUAUACUUCAAUUCCUUUGGGGGACAUUCAGCUUAGCCAAGAUGGAGACUUGGGGAGCAUGGAGAGGGAAGUGUGCCGUUGGCCGGGAUGUGGCUCCGAGCCGCCUCCCACGUUUCCAGGCGUGCGGGCCCAGGCUCUCCGAUUUCAUCGUCCGUUUUCCUUUUGUUUUGGUUUCCGGCCCUGCUCAGCUCCUUGCAUAGCUUGUCCCAAAUCCAUCAGAAAUCAUGCUGUCGGUACCUUUUCCCCCAAAGGUUCUCUGUUACAGGGCCACUGUUCCCGCCGGGCCUGAUGAGCGGGGAUGGGGGCCUGCACUGCGCCGCGUUUCCAACCAGUCCGUUACUUGUGUGCAUGGGUGCGGGGGAGGGGGUUGUGGAGAAUAAGAAGGGUUUGGGUUUUGGCCUAAAUAAAUGUUAUAAAUUUUGUGUA